AGAUUGGCUGUUUUUCUUUUUCUUUUUUCUUUUGGUGUUAAUUCUGAUUUAUUAUUUGUUACAUAAUUUUGUAGCCAUUUUUGGUUGGUUACUUCUUAUAAGAGAUUUCAAUUGUUGGCAUGAAUUAUAUGGAAAUGUCACUUUGAAACUCAUUGUCAAUUUUGAGUUAUAAUUUUGAUUAUCUGAGACUCAGAUCAGAUACGCCCCCUCCCUUGCCUAUUAACUUACCUUAAAAGGCAAAGUAUGUUCAUACAGAACAUAUCUCAUGGUUGUAAUUUUUUCUUUUGUUUCCACUUUAACAACAGCAACAUUAACCAAACUAAGCUUUUUAUUUCUACAUGCAUAUGGGAUUGGCUAUACCAUUUAUGUUUCACCACUAUACUUGUUCAAGAUUAUGGUCUCAGUGAGCUCAGUGAAAGUGAAGUUCAUUUUUCUUUUAGUUUCUAUCCGUGUCCUUGUUGCUCUCCUUUACUUCUCCUGACAUUGAUAACUUCUUUUAAAUCAAGUCUUCUCACAGGGGUAUUUCUAAAUCUUUACAUUUCCAACCCACCUUAAUGUGUUUUUGCUGCCUCUAUCUUUUCCUUUAUACUUGCAUUCCUAAUUUUAUCUCUACAUGUCCAGGCAUCUAAUGUAGCAUUCUCAUCUCAGUCACACUGAUUUGUUCUGUAACCAACAUUCCGUCCUGUAAACGUUGUCAGUUUUAUUUGUCUAGCAGAAUUUUCCCCUAUGUUUGAGUAGAAUUUGUGUUUACACCAUACUUUCAAUGUAUCUGGUAAUAUUUUUUUUUCUACAUGUGCAUUCGGUAACCAGGAUAUGUUUGCCUGCUUACACAGUCAUCUAGAAUUGAUUCAAGCACUUGGUACUCUUUUAGCAAUAUUCUAAUAUAACAACUGAUACAGCGAAUGGACCUGAAAAUGGAGUUGAAUAGCCUGAAAGAUGCAUUUGAUCGUGUUGCAAAGAAGCAAAAGCUGUCCUGUUCUAAAACCCAGGAAGUUGUGGACCAGAUUGUUCAAGAAAUCAAGAAAGCAAUAGAGAUGGUGCAAUCAACCACCCUUGAUUAUAAAUCUGUACUUGCUGAGCUGAAGAAAAAGUUGCAUGAAAUUGCUCCACUCAGUCAGCUAGAAGGCACCCAGAAGGAACUGAACAUAGCACUAAGCAAGUAUCCGAAAGCUCUUGAGAAAGCCCUUAAUCCUGAUAUAUCCAAGGCUUAUCGAAAUAUUGAGUUUGAUUCCCAUAUAGUUAACCAGAUAAUUGCCAGCUAUUUAUAUCGGCAAGGGCUGUUUGAUGUUGGUGAUUGUUUCAUAAACGAGGUUGGGGAUGCAGAAGUUGCUGCUGCUACGAGAUCACUUUUUCAGGAAAUGUAUCAAAUACUUGAAGCCAUUAAGAGUAGGAACCUAGAGCCUGCCCUGAAAUGGGCAGCUACAAACUCUGAUAAACUGAAAGAUAAUGGUUCAGACCUUCUGCUGAGACUCCAUCAACUGCAGUUUGUGAAAAUACUUCAGAAGGGAAGAAGAGAUGAAGCAAUCAAGUACGCAAGAACUAACUUUGCUUCUUUUGCUGGAAACCAUAUGCCCGAAAUCCAGAGGCUCAUGGGGUGUCUCUUGUAUUCUGAUAGACUUAACGAUUCCCCAUAUGCUCAUUUAUUAUCACCAACCAAUUGGGAUGUAGUGGCUGAGGAGCUCACCAGGCAAUUCUGCAGUCUUCUGGGGCAAUCAUAUGAGAGCCCAUUGAGUGUGACAAUAGCAGCAGGAGUGCAAGGGUUGCCACCUCUUCUGAAGUUUAUGACUGUUAUGGCUGGGAAGAAGCAGGAAUGGCAAUCAAUGAAGCAGUUGCCUGUGCCAGUGGAGUUGGAUAAGGAGUUUCAAUUUCAUUCUAUAUUUGUGUGCCCAGUGUCGAAGGAGCAAUCAACCGAUGAAAACCCGCCAAUGAUGAUGCCAUGUGGUCAUGUGCUCUGCAAACAGUCUAUCAACAAGAUGUCAAAGAAUGGCUCAAAAACUUUCAAGUGCCCAUACUGCCCAUCUAAUAUCGAUGCAACACAGUGCAGGCAGCUGAAUUUCUGAUGUAUUCCCUAAUAUGCACAUGGGUUGUACUAAAAACUGUUUCCUUUAGACUGAAUCCAAAAUGAGUAGAACUAGAAAUUGGUGUGGUGUAGCCAAUGUGGUGAGAUGGUGGCAAUGCUGGUCAGUAAUGGUGUACUGUUUGUUGAUGAACUCGUUGUAAAUAGAAAUUCUUUUCCACAUUCAUGCUGGUAAUAGAAAAGCAACUUGCUUCUGCUCUAAAACUAUAGUAUAUGGAAUCUGGGAAGCUAGUUGAGGGCUUGGCUUGGCUCUCUACUCUAAAAGGCUAUAGCCAGCAUUUCAAAUGGGCCUUAAGGUGAAGUGACUGAAAUGCCGAAAAAUUCUUUCGUAUCAGCCUAUGAACAGAACAAAUAAAUUACUAUGACUUGAAUUCGAACUCAAAUCCAUCUUACUCAAUUCUUAUAACUGUAAAUGUUUAUUAUUUAUUUUCAUGAUAAUAAAAUAAAAUGUGGUCCU